CUAAAACGUAUUUGUAAAAAUCUCGGUUUGAUAUUCUCUCGAUUACUGUUGCCGAUUCUUGAGGCACUUGCCCUAACACCUACCACUCGUUCAAUCGGGUAACAAUUCUUAUUUCUUCCCCAAUUGAUCGGUGGAUUACACUAUAUUUCAAUUGCUCGACCGCCCCAAAAGCAACCAGCUGAUUAUAAUUCUUCUAACUGUUCCGAUUCCAUUUCUCAGCUGGGUUCGCUGUUAAGAUCUCCUGCUUGAAUAUGUGUUGUAUUGGGAGGGAGAUUCAUGCCAAGUGUGCUACUGCAACCUUACUCGAUUUAUUGAUUGGUAGUUUGAGCCUUGAUAUUUAUUUGUCCUGCGCUUGAUAUUUAUUUGUCCUGCGCUAACAUGCAUUAUAACAUGUGAAUUGCCCCAAAACUCUCAUCUUGAUAGUACAGUUCAGCACAACUUGUUGUUGGUCAUGCAUGCUCUAAAUAGCAAUUUCUUUCUUUUCUCUUCUUUUUCGUUAGACUUUUUCAGAUAAUGGAAGCAUAGUUGGUAUCGACAGUUUGUUGGACUAACUAUGAAUCAAGCUGUGGUAUCAGCAUCAUAUCCUACAUAUAUUACCAUACCCCACUACCACCAUAAAAACUUCAAGACAUCCAAGUCCUCAAAGGUGCUCAAUGCAUCAACUCUCCAUUCGCUUUUUAUGCAUUCUAGACGUCCUCCAAUUUGUUGCACACAGACAAAUCCUUGGGAACCUGCACCUGUCACAUUUGCUCACAACAAUAAAGAGGAUGAGACCUUCUUGAAGAAAACCGACAAUAUUUUUGAAAGUCUAAAUGCUGAUAGAACAACUGAAGUUUCGGAAGUAGAGACUAAAGAACUUGUGGAGGCAAGUAAUCAACCAGAGUUGGUGCAUUUGCAGAUUUUCAAAUGGCCAAUGUGGCUUUUGGGGCCUUCUCUUCUCUUAACAACAGGGAUGGCCCCAACAUUGUGGCUUCCUAUGUCAUCUGUAUUUCUCGGUCCCAAUGUAGCCAGCCUUCUCUCUUUGAUUGGACUUGACUGCAUCUAUAACCUUGGUGCUAUGCUUUUUCUUCUCAUGGCUGAUGCUUGUGCACGGCCUAAAGAACCAAUAAAACCCAUGAGCAGUGAGGCUCCUUUCAGUUACCAAUUCUGGAACAUACUUGCUAAUGUGGUUGGAUUUAUGAUCCCUUUAGUGAUGUUUUAUGGAUCUGAAAGUGGGUUGGUUCAACCCCAUCUGCCUUUCAUCCCCUUAGCAGUUCUAUUGGGUCCCUAUAUUCUGCUCCUUUCAGUACAGAUUUUGACCGAAAUGCUGAUAUGGCACUGGCGAUCCCCUGUGUGGCUGGUUACUCCAAUUGUAUACGAAGGUUAUCGAGUUUUGCAGCUGAUGAGAGGGUUGAAACUUGGGGCUGAGCUCAGUGCACCGGCCUGGAUGAUGCACACAAUGAGAGGAUUGGUUUGCUGGUGGGUGCUCAUACUUGGUAUUCAGCUCAUGAGAGUAGCUUGGUUUGCGGGUAUAGCUGCCUCCCUAUCUCAUAAGCAGGAAAUUGUCACUAAUGGUUCGUGAUACCGCCAAUCUAUCACAUAAAGGUGAGUUUAGGAUGACUUUUGAGAAAAGAAAAAAAAAAUGUUUUUAAGCAAACACACUACUUCUAGAAGAAGCACGACCAAGUGCUUUACUUAAUACUACUAAAACCAAAGUCUAGUGUUCUUAAAACUCCAAAUGAUUCCAUACCUAUCCUUAAUAAAUAGGAUAUACUUCUAUUUUGAUAUGAGAUUUGUACAGAAUUAAAGGUCUUAAAGACGUGCCGCAAAGAAGUUUAGAAAUAGGCAUAGUACUAUACGAAAACUAGGGAGACAUAGUUGUUGUAUAUGUUGCCUGUUCUUAUUACUCACAGAAUUAGUAGUUUAUGAAAGAUUGUAAUAUAUAAAAAGAACAUAAUAUUUUGUUGUUUGUUAGUUUGAUAUAAAUGAAUCACAAAAUUAAUUCUGGC